AUGGCUAGGAAGCGAAAGGCUGAUGGAGUAGACGAGAAAAAUUCUGAUGAAGGAAACUUGGCUUGGGAUGAGGUGGUGAAGGAUGCAGCUGCCGUUGCAACACUUAGUGGAGCCUCGCGAUCCCGGAAGAGAUUCGUGGGGGUACGACAAAGGCCAUCGGGCAGAUGGGUGGCUGAAAUAAAGGAUACUAUACAGAAGAUAAGAAUGUGGUUAGGCACUUUCGAUACUGCUGAGGAAGCAGCCAGAGCCUAUGAUGAGGCUGCUUGCUUGCUUCGCGGUGUCAAUACUCGCACAAACUUCUGGCCUUGUCAUCCAUCAUCUUCUUUGUCUCCAGCCCUACCUUCGAAGAUUACUAACCUUCUCCUCCAUAGGCUUAAAGCAAGAAAUGAAUCUUUAACUGCUUCAUCCACUUCUUCUGUGCCCAUCAACCAACAGCAGAAGCAAGAAGGAGAAUUUAGAGAUGAAGUAGCUGACUUUUCAGAUUCCCAAUUCACUGAUUUCUUCAAUGAUCCCGAGGAUUGUACCACUGACAACAAUCCAAUCCCCAAUACUGAUGGGAGUAAUAGUGAUUACAAGGUCAAAACUUUUGAAUCAUGCUUAGCUGAAAAAGAAAAUUAUAGGGUGAGAGAAUUGGAUUUGGACUACAGUUGGAGUGAUGUUAUUCAGUCUUCCAAUGCUGAUAGUAACAUUGUAGGGGAAAUAGAAGAAGAUGGGAAGGAAGACACUAAUCUAGGGGCUGUGGAUUUCCAAGUUGGAUCAUGGAACUGUUCUCCGUUUGAGAUUGCUCAAGAUAUCACAGAGCCUGUCGAGCAGGAGGAUUAUUCACACGAGCCAUCUAUGCUCAGAGAGGCCAUGAAGACGAUGAACUAUGAAAGGAAGUUCUCAGCUUCUCGAUAUGCUUUCAAAGGAAUACCAGAGUGCCUGCAGUUUAAGAUUGGCUCGGGCAGUGCUAAGUGGAGAGGAUGGUCCGAUCAGUUGACCAACCUCAGGAAUGCAUCCUCCAACAAGAAUCAAGACGAGAAGAAAGUGGAAGAAGAAGAAAUGGCUGUGAUGGAGAAGAAAAAGGACAGCCCACAAACUUCAAUUGAUAUGGGGUCUUCUGCUGGUGUUGAUGAUGAAUUGUCACUUUGGAGCUCCCUUGAUCUCCCACCCAUCUGCGUUGUUAAUUAA